AUGAUUAGCUUGUAUGUUUGUGACUUCCCUUAAACUCUUGAAAAAGAAGACCUUGAGUCACUUUUCUAAGACUUUGAAGGGUUUAUUGAAGUUAGACUUGCUAAAGAUAAAAAUGGGCAAAAGAUUGCUUUUGUUGAUUACUAGGACAAUGAUCAAGCCAAGAAAGCUUAAAACUCUUGUUCUGGUUUUAGAUAUACGGGUGCUAGCAAAGGCUUGUGCGUGAGAUUUUCUGAGCAUAAUAAAAGAGAUGUAAAUAAUCGAAAUGGCUCAAAUAAUAGCCAUAUCGGAAGAAGUAACAACUAAAAUGGAUACUAAAACAGAUAAUACACUAGUGGGAGUAACAAUAACUAUAACUAAAAAGAAAAUUUUAACCAGAGCAACACUUCAGAAAGGAUAUAGGCCUACAGUUAAAGCUUAAAUUAGAGGCAAGAUAAUUCGUCAAACUUUCAAAACUAGCAAUAAAGCAAUGUUCCAAGGAGUAUAUUAAAAAAUAGUUCAGGUAAUGGAGUAAACCAGUAAUUAUCAAUGGGAAACUCUUCUCCUGUUAAUUAGCAUUAAUAGUCUUCCACGUUAAAUUCCAACCCUUCAUAAUCAAUUCAAGGCUAAUCUAAUAGCAGUCCUUCGUCAUAAAUCCUUAAUUAUGGAAAUCUUGAUAUGAAUAUGGUUAUGAAUAUUAUAAACUCGCUUAAAGAUUCAACUGAUUUUAAUGGGGCAUCAUCACUACUCUAAGGUGAUAUCUUAGCUAGUCUUACUCAGAACCCUUAGCUUCUUAGUACUCUAUUAAAUAUCAAUCUACCAUAGUUAUCAAAUAAUAAUAAUACUAAUGCCACUACUACUGCUAACAGUUCAGCUUCUUAUCCCUCACCCAUUAGUAAUUAAGCAUAAAGCUUCCAAAAUCUAUGCUCUAAUCUAUAAUCUAAUCCAUUGAUACACUAGACAAAUCCUCUUCUAAGUUCAUUGAGUGUUUAAAAUGGAUCCAUACCCCAUUCUGUUAUUAGUCCUUCUCUAAUAAAUUAACUUGGAAAAUUAAGUGGGUUCUUUAGAAAUAACUUGCCCAUUCCCAAACAUGCCACGAAUACAGUAUAUAUCGAAGGUCUUCCUCACGACACAUCAGUUAGAGAAGUUGCUCGUAAGUUUAUUCUCUUGAUUAAAUAUUAAUAAUCUUUAGAUAUUUUCAGACCUUUUAUAGGGUUCAAAGAAUUGAGACUUAUACCUAGAUCUUCGAAGGAUGGGUAAAAAGUCCACAUUGCCUUUGCUGAUUUUGAAAGCACUUUUCAGACAACAAUGGUCAUUAACACUCUCUAAGGAUAUAGGUUUCAUAAGGACGAUAUAAUUGGACUUCAAUUUUCGUAUGCAGUAGAAAACAACAAACAUGGAAAUCAUGGAAGACAUUGA